AUGAAUCUUCGCCAACAAUUGACACAGUUUCUCACGCUAGCAUAUGUGUUCACAUCGGCUUUUGUCAUGUGGAAAGGGUUAGGUGUAUUCACAAACUCCCACUCCCCCAUUGUCGUGGUGUUGUCGGGCUCCAUGGAACCUGCUUUCCAGAGAGGUGACAUUUUGUUCUUGUGGAACAGAGAUAGCCAGGCCAAGGUUGGCGAUGUUGUGGUUUACGAGAUCAAGGGCCACUCGAUUCCUAUUGUGCAUCGUGUUCUUAACGAACACCAUAAUGACCAGAAACAGCUUUUGCUUACGAAAGGUGACAACAACGCUUUGAACGACUUGUCUCUUUACGCUAAGAAACAGGCUUACUUGAACCAGAAGACGGACCUUGUGGGCACGGUGAAGGCGUACGUUCCUAAGCUUGGAUACGCUACUAUUUUGAUUACAGAGAAUGUUUACGUGAAGUACGCUCUUCUUGGACUUAUGGGUAUUUCUGCCGUGUUGAGCGGAGAGUAA